UUGUUGUCAUGUGACCGUGCUCAUGACUAGUGUCAAAAUGCUGCAGCUGCUUUGCUUUAGCUUAAACUGAGGAUUUUACUGUGUUUUUACGGCUAAGAAGAGGUGCAGUUUAACAGGAGAGCUCGGUCACGGCUCCCUUUCGCCUUUUCUUCACAUUAUAAGAUUAUAAACGGAGAGUUUAGUGUAGAAACCGGAUUUCUGCGGCGCCUGUUUCCUCUUACUGACGGAUACUAAGGCUAACGCUAGCGGUUAACACUAGCUUAGCCAUGUCGGAACUGGAGGAGAAGGAGAGAAAACCAAGUGAGGAGUCCACAGAUGAUUCAGAGGAAGAGGACAGUGAGGAGGAGCCUAAAUUGAAGUACGAGCGGCUGGCCAAUGGGGUGACGGAGAUCCUGCAGACGGAUGCGGCUAGCUGCAUGACUGUACAUGACAAGUUCCUGGCUCUGGGCACUCACUUCGGGAAGGUGUUUCUUCUGGACGUUCAAGGAAACGUCACCCAGAAGUACGAAAUUAGUUCAGUGAAGAUAAAUCAGAUCAGUUUGGACGAGAGUGGGGAGCAUGUAGGGAUCUGCUCAGAGGAUGGAAAGGUGCAGGUGUUUGGCCUCUACACCCGGGAGGGCUUCCACGAGAGCUUUGACUGUCCCAUCAAAGUGGUGGCAUUGCACCCUCAGUUCAGCAAGUCAAACAACAAGCAGUUCAUAACCGGAGGAAACAAGUUGUUGCUGUAUGAGAGAAAUUGGCUGAACCGCUGGAAGACGUCCACUCUGCAUGAAGGAGAGGGGAGCAUCACUAAUAUCAAAUGGAGAGCCAACCUCAUCGCCUGGGCUAAUAAUGUGGGAGUGAAGAUCUAUGACAUCAGCACUAAGCAGCGCAUUACAAACGUGUUACGGGACAACACCUGUCUGAGGCCUGAUAUGUACCCCUGCAGCCUCUGCUGGAAAGAUAACACUACGCUCAUCAUUGGCUGGGGAUCCUCAGUGAAGAUUUGCUCUGUGAAAGAGCGUGACCCUACCGAGAUGAGAGAUUUACCCAGCCGCUACGUCGAGAUUGUGUCAGCAUUUGAGACGGAGUUCUUUAUCAGUGGACUGGCUCCUCUAGCUGAUCAGCUUGUUACUCUGUACUACGUUAAAGAGAAUUCCGACCACAUGGAGGAGGAGUUUAGGGCACGACCACGGCUGGACAUUAUUCAGCCACUGCCAGAGAGCUGUGAGGAGAUUUCUUCAGAUGCUCUGACAGUUCGCAACUUUCAGGAGAACGAGUGCCGGGACUACAGACUGGAACAUUCUGAAGGAGAGUCUCUGUUCUACAUCAUCAGCCCUAAAGACAUAGUGGUGGCUAAAGAACGAGAUCAAGACGAUCAUAUUGACUGGCUGCUCGACAAGAAGAAAUAUGAGGAGGCACUGAUGGCAGCUGAAAUCAGCUUCAAAAACAUCAAGAGACAUGAUGUUCAGAAAAUUGGAAUGGCCUACAUCAAUCACCUGGUGGAGAAAGGAGAUUAUGACACAGCGGCCAGAAAGUGUCAAAAAGUGCUGGGCAAGAAUAUGGAUCUUUGGGAGAAUGAGGUGUACCGGUUCAAAACCAUUGGACAGUUGAAGGCCAUCAGUCAGUAUUUACCCAGAGGAGACCUUCGUCUCAGACCUGCCAUUUAUGAGAUGAUCCUGCAUGAAUUCCUCAUGACUGACUAUGAGGGUUUUGCUACACUGAUCCGUGAGUGGCCAGGAGAACUGUACAACAACAUGACAAUAGUUCAGGCUGUGACAAACCAUCUGAAGAAGGACCCCACCAACAGCAUCCUGCUCACCACACUGGCUGAACUAUACACGUAUGAUCAGCGCUAUGACCGAGCACUGGAGAUCUACCUGAGGCUCAGACACAAAGACGUCUACCAGCUCAUCCACAAGCACAACCUGUUCUCCUCCAUCGAGGAUAAGAUCGUCCUCCUAAUGGACUUUGAUAAGGAGAAAGCUGUUGACAUGCUGCUGGAUAAUGAAGAUAAAAUAUCGACGGACAGAGUGGUGGAAGAGCUGAAAGACAGACCUGAGCUUUUGCAUGUGUACCUGCACAAGCUGUUUAAGCGAGAUCAUCACAAGGGCCAGAAAUACCAUGAGAAGCAGAUCAGUCUGUAUGCAGAGUACGACAGACCCAACCUGCUGCCCUUCCUCAGAGACAGCACCCACUGCCCACUGGAGAAAGCACUGGAGAUCUGCCAGCAGAGGCACUUUGUUGAAGAGACAGUGUUUUUACUCAGCCGGAUGGGGAACUGCAGACGGGCUCUCCAGAUGAUAAUGGAGGAGCUGGGAGAUGUGGAUAAAGCCAUAGAAUUUGCUAAAGAGCAGGAUGAUGCUGAACUCUGGGAGGAUCUGAUCUCCUACUCUAUAGAUAAACCACCCUUCAUCACAGGGUUGCUUAAUAACAUAGGAACUCAUGUGGACCCCAUUAUCCUGAUCCACCGCAUUAAAGAAGGCAUGGAGAUCCCCAAUCUCAGAGAUUCUCUGGUCAAAAUUCUGCAAGACUAUAAUCUACAGAUCUUGUUGCGGGAGGGCUGUAAGAAGAUCCUGGUAGCAGACUCGCUAUCACUGCUGCAUAAGAUGCACAGAACGCAGAUGAGAGGUGUUCGCGUAGACGAGGAGAAUAUCUGCGAAGCAUGCCAUGUCACAAUAUUACCUUCAGACACAGCCCAGCCCUUCAGUGUGGUGGUGUUCCACUGCAGGCACAUGUUCCACAAAGAGUGCCUCCCCUCACAAGGAACUAUCCCAGGAGUUCAGUACUGCAACAUCUGUAGUGCUAAGAGAAGAGGCCCUGGCAGUGGAAUUCUGGACAUGAAGAAAUAAUAACACCCUGCAUCUCUUAAUAUCUCCUCCUGCUUCUGUGAUGAAAUCCUGUAACGAAUGUGCACUAAGCAUUUCCAUUACUACAAUACUGUCUAAUUCCCUGUCAUUCUAAAAUUCUUCACUACCUGCAAAAGUGAUAUUAAACUGUAUUAACGUUGUUAUUUAUGCUCUGUUUGCAUUUGCUCAUUUAAUAAAUUUAUCAUUCUUUUCUAA